UAGAACGAUGCUUUCAGCGCAUAAGCGUGCUUCCCGAACGCAGCCAGUAUAAUAUACAUAAUAUACAUAAUAAUAUACAUUGUUUUUGAUUGACAGAAAGGUCAGUGUAUUAUGGUGCAAGUAACACGUGAUUAAUUGUCGCUCACGAAAUGACUGCCAAUUAUUACUUCGCGAUCGUCGGCCACGCUGAUAAUCCAUUAUUCGAAAUAGAAUUCAAUAACGCCGGAAAGAGAGAGGAUGCGAAGAAAGAGGAUCAUUCGCAUUUAAAUCAAUUCAUUGCUCAUGCGGCGCUUGACCUUGUGGACGAGCAUACGUGGAAAACAACGAAUAUGCAUUUGAAAGUCGUAGAUAAGUUUAAUCAAUGGUUUGUCAGCGCUUUCGUGACAGCGACUCACAUUCGAUUUGUCAUGGUGCACGAUAGCAAGAAUGAAGAUGGCAUUAAAAACUUCUUCAAUGAAAUGUAUGAAACUUAUAUAAAGUACUCUAUGAAUCCAUUCUACAAAUUAAAUACUCCUAUUAAAUCUGUAGGAUUUGAGAAAAAGGCACAGCUGUAUGGAAGAAAAUAUUUAUCUUCGUGAACUUAUAACAAUUGCUGUUGAAAACAAGUUUUAUAAAAAUAAGAAUUAUUAGAAACUUUUAUUUUUUUCCAUACUUAAUUUUAAAAAUGUCUAUAUAUUAAUAUAUUAUUGAUAAAAAAAAUAUAUUAUUGAUAGGAAUCAUAAUAAAUAUGUACAUAUAGUUUAAAGAAUAUGUAUCAUUAAAUACAUAAAAUGAUUACAAAU